UAUGGCGAUUUUUGUCAUGUUACGCGAGUCUUAAGUAUCAACGACCUCAAAUUAGUGUUUAUUAUGGCGGAAAAUGAAGAAGGUAAGUGUCUGAUUUACCCAUAAACGUUUCUCUAUACUUUGAGCUCAAUUAUUUGUGCAUUUGUUGUAGCAAUCAAAAGAAAAAGUGACGAGGAAGCUGAGACAACCGAACCUGCACCUAAACGAGUAAGCAUGUCUACUGUCUCGUGUUUCUUGUCAUUUGUUUUCAUGGGAACUGGUUCAAAUUUGAGCCCUUGAAAACUUUGCUAAUGUUAUUCAUUUCUUCCCAGGUACGACUGGAAUCGGAGGAUCUUAAGAGCUUGUCCAAGGAAGAAGUAUUAGAAAGGUGAAUGUUUUUUGCGUGACAGCUGAAUUUGCAGCGACAAGAAUCUUGUCAAUAUUUUUCUACUGUCGUUUGAAAAAAGCUUUUAUUUAGUGUUGUUAGAUCCUACAUGACAGUUACCUCUGAUUUAACGAUUUUCCAUGAUCGGAAGUGCACGAGGUUUUCAGGAGUGUAUUUGAAGAGCUGUCAUUCAUUGGGAUUGAUCACUUUAUAUCAACACCUUUGUCAAAUUGCAAAGGAAGCUCGCGUUUUAACGUUGUUGUUGUGUAAAGUCAUUACUUGUUUAAGUAUCAUUAUUUACACAAAGGUGUCUUGUCCAUAGCAGAGCCCCUUAAAGGACAUGGUAACUAAACAAGAAGUUGCUAACAGCAGUCUUACCGAAACUACAGAUCACUAAUGAUGUAACUUUGGUAAAACUCGUAACCAUUUUCAUCCCCUUCCAACUCCUUUCUGGAUUUUGGCUGAGUAACCCCAGCAACACUGUCGGUUAUUAAAACUUGAACCAUUCCUUUUGUGGUGUCAAAAGUUAACUUUUUAUACCACCACAGAGAGAAUUUCACUCAGGACCCCAUCACUCCCACCCCCUUAGAUUUUCCAAUGCCCUAAACAUUGUGAAAAAUAGAGUUUCAAAGUUCAUCUUCCAACCCCUCAAUAAUUUUGACAAUUUUGACAACACCCCCUCCAACCUCUCUGGAAAAGUCCAUUGUCUCUGUGAGAAUGGUUAUCAAAGUACAUAAAGAACGAAACCAUUUGGGUUGAAGCAACGGUUUCCAUUUAUUUAGUGAUCUCAUAACAGUAAAACAGACUAUAAUUAUGUACGAAGUAACCUAAACUGCAAAUUAUUGAAAUGAAACAGGUUAAGUUGUUUCUGUCAAUUUACAUUAAUGUGCAUGCAAUCUUAGGAUUUGUUUUUCAUCCUCAUGUGUGUAAUAUUGAUGGAAUUAGUGCCAUUUCAGUGUGCGUGAAUGAAACCAUAAACAAGUCUAAUUUUCAAUCACAAUAUUUAGGCUAAACAAAAAGGAGAAUAAAAACUCUACAUGUAGAUUCUGAAAUGAUUUCAUGGUAUACCUCCCUCUUCGUAAAGCGAAACUUUCACUGUUUUUCAUUUGACUGAGGUAAUGCCAUGCAAUUUGAUAACAGUAUCUUUACUGGUACUGGUAACGAGUAGUAGCGGUCAAAUCUACAAGCAUACGAUAAACUGAGUUGUAGUUGGCCAUGGUCUAGUUCCAUUGAAAUAUAUCUUAGCAUUUCCUACUUUUGAUCUCAGUGAAAUAUUUUAUUACAAAAAUUGGUCAAAGUAUUUGUUAUUGUACCACAAAGAUUAAAAAACAUGACAAUUAUUUUGACCUUUGAUUUGAUUUGAUUUUUACAAGAAAACUAUGUUUGGUACUUCUUUAACAAAUUUAGUUCAUUUGCACUCUUUUUCCUAAGUAAUAACGUCAGUGAUAGUAAAUGUACUCACAGUGUAGUCAUCCCUUUAUUCUGUCUCCUUACAUGUAUGUAUAGGAAUGUAUAAUUAUAUGCACAAUGUAACCUUGUUUAUAAGAAUUUAGGUGCGAGAUCAUUUUCAGUUAACUGGGAUAUCCAUACAACAAUAAAUCUGCCCUAUGAUAAGGGAUUUAAGACAAAGCAUCUGAAAUUGCAGGGCCUUGAUUUCAAUUUACAUGUAUAAGAAAAGCAUACAUGUAUCUGGUUAAAUAAAGUUCUGUCUUGGUGGCUAAAGUUCUUUCCCUUUAAAGUUGUUCAAAUUGCACUGAAGUGCUCUGAAAAUAAAAACAUUCCCAGGCUGCCAGAAAGCUACCUCCAGGACUCCCCUAAUGGAAGGGCACAAUUCUCUCUCUCUCUUACAUAUCCCAUCAGGCAGCUGUGCCUCUCUGCACCUUUCAAUCUAAACUUUGUACUAUUCUGCCAUCUUAAAUUUUCUGUCCUUCUACUUUAAAACUAAUUUUUUGGAGAACCCCUCAAAUAGUACUUGUAAAUACCUGUUUAUACUUUGUCUUGCAGUUUUCAGUUGUAUUGUACAUGUAUUAAAUCCUUGCUUUUGUUUAAAGGAUAAAGGAGUUGAAUGAGUACAUUGAUCACUUGGAGAAAAAACAAAAUGGAGAGCAAACGAAUAGUAAGUUGUAGUUUCGAAGCUGCGUACAUGCACAUACAUGUACACAGACUGUAUGCUUUUAGCUAAAAUAUUCUCACCUUAAUCUUGGUUGCUCUGUCAACAUGUAAUCGGCAACAAAAUUGUUGAGACAUUGUACUCAACUAGGGUUACUUCAGAGAACAAAACAGUCCACACCCCCUACCCCUUUCUCUCCAUUUAGAGUUGGGGUAUUUGUUAUUUUCUAGAAGUAGCUUGACCAGCUGCACAAAAAUUGCAUGGAGGGGAUAUGGGAGGGAAAGCUUUAUUUUCUCCUUUUGAAGUCGGUAGAAUGACAAAGGCUGUUUAGGUCAAACUGUCUCAACUAAUUUUGUUGUCAAUUGUGUGUGUACUGCAUUACAAAAUGACAUGGCAUUGGUCACAUUUGUUACCUGACCCAUCCUGUGUCUCACUUCUAUUCUCACUAGUGCAUUAUGAAAUAUAAUUUACUAUUACCAUCCACACUUUUUGGAAGAAAUGGUCAGCUUUAAGGAACCCAUAAAGUAGUGUACGCAAAAAUUGGCUACAUGUAGUUUUACCUUUGGUUAGGCUAGUAGUUUGAAUUCUCUAAACAAAUGGUUUGAAUUCUCUAAAUAAAUGUUUUUGUGAGAAAUGAACAGCACACUUGUUCUGAGUAACCAAAGUGUUUUGCGACUCACAGAAGAGCUGGUAGGACUCAUGGAGACAGGAGAGAAGUUGAAACAGCAACAGCAGGAAUCUACAAGACGUGAGAAUGUUUUGGUGAUGAGGCUUGCAACCAAGGAACAGGAAAUGCAAGACUUAUUGGUGAGGAGAACAGAAAACAAGUCUUCAUUCUUAAUAAACUGCACAGCCAUAACUGCAGUGAUGUGCUGUACUGAUCAAUACAAUGAACAGAGACACUGCUUGAGCACAAUGCCAUCAAAUGUCUGUCUCAGAUCAAUUGGUGUGUGGGAGGGAAGCUAUCGUCUGCAGUGAUAACAGGCAAAAUAUUGAUACCUAGCUACAGUACCAGAGAGCAGUAUAGAACUGUCCUGGAACUUUCACAGAGACUUAAAUUCUUAUGAUGAUUGGCAAUUGCUGUUGGAACUGAAAUAUUGACUCUUAGAAAAUAGUUGCACAUUUCAAGGUAAAAAAAGUACUUAGUUACAGUGUCAUACACUUUACAUGUUGCUGAUUUGUGUGUCUGAGGAAGACUUGCUGGUGCAUGUAACUAUUCCUUUUCUCUGUUCUUACGGUUAUUCUGGUAUUUGAUAGCUUGUGCCGCAAAUGGAAUGUAACUUCUGGUUAAGUCCAUUUUUGAAACAGCGCCAAAACCCUUUUUUUGGCUCCUCACUUGUGUUCCAGGAUUUGAGUAUGCACCAUCAGGGUUGUCACUAAGAUUUCAAGUUCCCGGGUAAAUACAACAAGUAGGCGGGGAAUCAAACGGCUAGGGAUUUCUUUUGGUUCUAUUUUUCUUCUAUUUUCCAAUAAAAGUAGCCGGGGGCCACUCUCUUAGUAGCCGGGGAAAAUCCUCGGCCCCCGGCUCUUAAUGACAACCCAUGAUUGGCCUGUUAAAAAAGCCAAGGUCAAUUUGCCUGUCAGGUUGAAGGGGAAUUUGAAAUGUAUUUCUGGUAAUUUGUUGAGUCCAGUGAGGGCCCAGAACAAAGCUUUUGGUGCUGCUUCCCAGAUGCUACUAUCCAGGGUUAGAUUACAGUACGUUUGCAGCGCAGGCAAGGUAUUUGGGAGCAAGUGCAGUUUGAAAACUCUCCUUUAUGUAUGGGUACCCCUUUUAUACAACCACUAUGUCCUGGUGGUAGCAGCCCAGUUGUGUUUUCCCAAAAAAUCAGCCAUUUCUUUAUCUGCAAACUACAAAAGCUGAAAACUUGACACCCCCUUUUGGUCAGGUUGAGAUACUUACAGUACAUUGUACAUGUAUUAUCAUGGCCUGGUCGUAAAAGUGGGUUUUCACUGCACAUUUUAAUAAAUUGUCAGAUGUUAAGAAGAUAUUUAUAUAUAUUGUUGUCUCCCAUUUCAACCGUGGAUGCAUGUAUAUUUGUGGUCACUGGCAGAAAGUUUUAGUAGAUGUAUGUAGAUGCAGCUUUCCUGUAAAGUUUGAAGGCUUUGUAGUAGAGGGGAGAAGUUGUCAUGUUGUGUUACCAUGGUAGCAAAAUGUCUGGAUCUUAACAAACUAUGGUCCUGCAAGUCUGGCAGAGAAAAAAAGAAAAAAAAUUGACAUGUAUGACUUUCCUGUGUAUGAUUGCACUCAGGAGCAAAACAGUAGCCCAUGCUUCACUUCCAUCGUUUGACAAUGCAAAUGGCUGUUGCUGUGAAGAAAGGUUGUUGAGAUCAAGAAAUUUUGCUACCAUGGUAACAUGACAUCACACUCUCCUCUCUUAUCAAGGCUGUGCUCUAAGAAAAAUUGAGGGGAGCCCAGUGCUUCCACCACACCCAGCAUAAUUCGAGAGGUCUUUGGGUCAUUUUCGGAAGUCUUUGAUUUUGCAGUGUAGUGCAGUGCUCCCAAGCAGUAAUUUAUUGUUUUGUUUGAACAGAAAUAAAGAAUUUUGUAAUUGUUUUCUAUAAUACUAUACAUGUGACAUCAAAAUGUGCAUGUCACGGUUUUGUUACAUGAUCAAAAUUGUUAUAAUCGAUAAAAAUCAUUGGCAAUAAAUCAGUUGUUACUGGAAAUCAAUCAAAGUCAGAAAUCAGGAUUGUGACUAUCGAUUUUCCUUGAUUACUAUCAGUUUCAAUUUAUGGUUGUGGUUUUCAAGAUUUAUGUUAAUUGACACUCCAUCUGUACAUCCCUUCCCUUACAUGUAGUACUACCAUUCAAGCUUAAAUUGAUGCCUGAACAAUUUUUUCUGUUGAAAGUAAAUCUUCAGAAAAUGUAGGUACUGUUUCUUCUGAAAGAUGCAGUGUACUUCGUGGGACUCACUAAAACUUGAUUCUUGACUCUGUAAGUUGUCUAAAUUAUUAUAACAUUUGCAGAUUGUUUCAAUCAGCCCCCUCUUCAGCUCUUCUGUUUAAUUCCCAUGUUCACAGACCAGGCUAUUUUACAUUUCUUCUCCGAUUGUGACUAAUUAGCUCAGAAAUUGUUAUAUUUUGCAUACCGAUUGAAACUGAUAAAAAUCUGUAGAAAAUCGAUAGACUGAGAAGAAGAAAAGGUACACUGCUGCAAUUACAGUGUAGGAAAAACUUUGCGUCUCAAAGGUAGACUGCUUUUCGAUAUUAAUUUUGUCUCCCAACAAGGCUUAGAGUUUUUUUUAACUUUUAACAAGGCUUUGAGUUUCGUUUUUGGUUCAAUUCAAUCCUUACACAGCUUGCUUUGGGAUGUAUUAUUUCCGAAAAUGACCCAAAUGUGGUUUAGUAAUCAAGCUAAAAGACUCUAAUGUUUUCAUUGUCGCUCGCUGUCUUUAAAGGGGUCAUGUCACGAAUAUUUUGUAGGUCAAUUCUGUGUGUAAGUCAUAACUUAUUGCUUUUACUCAUACACAAAAUGCUCCUGUACAGUUAAGAACAAGAUAUCGAACAAAUUUCAGCAAGCACUAACUACAAUAACUUUUGGGUGAUUUUUGCUUCAAACCAUGUCCAUUUUUCCAUUCGUAGCGGCAGACGACAGGAACUAAACAGUUUCAGUGCCUAUUGUCUUCAAUAACAAAACUGGACCAUUAUUUUUAAAUUCAAUUGAUGUGAUUAAUUUUUUAGCUUUGGAAAAGAUAGCAAAGACCGUGACAUAACCACUUUAAACAGGUGAACCGUCAUUUAUCAGAGUCAAACGUGUCAUAAAUUUUGUUUGUCAACAUCGCUCAAGUUCUUGUAAGUUACAGCGUGCUGUCUACCAACAGGAAGGCAACAACGCCAACAUUUUGUUCUUUAUUGUCGACAGACCCAAAUUCAUGAUUUGAAACAAGCUCAAAACCCAUCUUCAAUACAACUACGGUCAACAUUGCUGGAUCCUGCGGUGAAUUUGUUGUUUCAACGAAUGAAAACAGACUUGGACUCUGAAAAGGAGAAAUUGGAACAAGCUCAGAAUGAUCUCAGUGCUUGGAAGUUUACACCCGACAGGUGAUGCUGCUGAUUUUUUAGUGCAACCUUGAAUGACUUACUGACAACAGUACUGACCUCUUACGUUCUGUUCACACGAAGUCUUUUCUGUGCCAAGUGGAUCAGAUAUGAUACCGAAAUGGACCGCUUCUGUUCACACGGGACCGGUCUUUUUAUGAGCAGUUUGUUUACACGGAACCUUUCUGCUGUUGUCCGCUUUUGGAGGCUCAGGUGGAAACAAGAACCGGUCCUCGACGACAUCGGAUUGUUUGCACGUACAAAAAGGCAGCGUACUAAAUAGGAGUCCUGCGUACUUGUUUACACGUUAUUGUUGUUGUCGUUUUUCUCCUUUUGAGAUCAGCACCCCAAAAAUGUUGUAGACCUGUACCGAAGAGUGGACAAGCGUUUACACAUUAAUUAAAAAAAGGAAACAAAAAUGCGGUACGGGACCGAUUGUAUUCGGAUGAAAAGUCCCGUUUACGCGAGCGAAACGGAACGUUACGGCUCGAACGAAACCGAUACGUUUGAAUCUACAUUGUAGUCUCCCACGCAGCCGUUUUCGUCUCGUCACGCAACGCUCCUCCUCAAGAAAUGGCUGCUUACAUUCGAACUGUUGGGGAGGAGCGUUGCGUGACGAGACAAAAACAGCUGCGAAGUAGACAAGUUUGAAUGCUACCCGUUUCGUUCCUAAAAAAGUCCAUAGCCGGGCACAUUUUGUCCUCUAAGAUCGGUUCCGUACGUGCAGUUUUCUUUUCUUUUCUUUCCAACGUGUAAACGCUCGCCCUUUUUAAGGUACCGAUCUUUAGGUACGUGGGAUCUGGAAAAAUAACAACAACAACAACGUGUAAACGGUCUUGCACCUGUUCCCCAGGGACGUUACGUACCUUGGCUGUGUUUUCUCGGGUGUAAUCACUGGCAAAACCUGCAGGUGUAAAACCAACCAGUAAUCAUUGAGAACCGGCACUUGUUUCUACCGGAGCCGUUCCGUCUCUUAUGAACAUUUUUUAUUUGCACCAGUUAAGAUCAAAUUGGACGGUGCGUUAUUGCCAGUUGUGAAUGAGGAAUUACGGUCAUUUCACCCACUUUUUGUUUUACUGGUACUCAGUUCGCGGUGAAAACGUUUUAAAAAGAGGUAUAAACAAACUUUUAUCUGUCCUGGCGACGUCUUUAACUACAGAAGCAGUAGUAAGUUAUGGAGGGGUUGACUAGUUAAGUGAAGUAACAUUUAACAUUCGGGUGUGCUUACCGCUCUUCCUGUACAUAAAAGAGACUUUUAGGUUCUGAGACAAGAGAACGACUGCGAGUAGGAGAUUUUUUCAAUAGAGAGAUUAAGCAUCGCGUUUACGGCAAACAGCAAACGUGAGAUUCAAGUUGAGAAAUUUUCAAAAUGAGAAAUGAGCAGAUAAAAACAGCUUAAACAAUUCUUAUGGAUAGAAUUGGUGCGAAUCUACCGAUUUUCAUGUAGUUAUAGUUACAGUAAACGACAGGUGAAUGGAAAUCUUGGUCUUGUGGUACAAAUAUUAACAUUUGCCGUUUGCCGUAAACGUGAUGCUAACCUUUCUAUUACUAAGUAGUUGGCGCGCGUGAACCAGCGUCAUUUUGGCGGGAAACGUGGUAGCCGUCGUCAUUCUACUACGGGGUUAAGCAAAAAUGUCGUAGUGGCGAAAACAAGUUAUCACAAAUGUUAGAAGUUUGUUAUUUUGCUUUCGGGAGAGGGCUUAACCUUCUUCAAUAAAAACUAAUAAUCGUGCUAACUUUUCCGCUGAAAAAAAGUACAUUGAAAAAUUUUCUGGGGAGUCGUGUUUACAAGAAUACACGAAAAAACUUGAAGUUAAAUCUCGUCCUCGUUCGUAGUCGUCCUCGUCCUUGAAUCUAGGCUCGAGGGAGGAGCACGGGCUCAUUUCCCGAACAGCGGUUGGUAAUGGAGCCUUAACCUGAAGCCUCUAUUUAACCUUUUCGCUCCUACAGUGAGUGAUGGAGUAUUGAAGGAGGUUUUAACUUAUGAGCAUAUAAAUUAAAUACUCCAGUCUGACCAUUCAAAGGAAACAUCAUUUGCACUACUUUCCGCGUGGUUUCUACUUGUUUUGUACGUAUUUCUAACUGACUUUGAAUUUGUGGAAGAAACCCUACGGUGUGACCAUUCAAAUGAAACCACUUUUGCUGUCCUUUUACAUGGUGCUGUUUGUUUUUCCGCAUUUCUAAAACGUGAAAUUUUGACGUUUGUCAAUUUUUGAGUUUGGCCUGUCCUGGGAGUGAAAGUGUUGAGCAACAAAAUUAACUGGUUUUGUGUGAAUUGUGUUUUACAGUGUAACUGGUAAGAAACUGAUGGCGAAAUGCCGCAUGUUAAUCCAGGAAAAUCAGGAGCUCGGUCGUCAGUUGUCGCAAGGACGAGUCGCUCAACUGGAAGCUGAACUUGCUCUUCAGAAAAAAUACAGCGAUGAACUGAAAGGCAGUCAAGAUGGUAAGGCUGACAAUACUGCGAAGCUAGCUACUGUGCUAAAUUGAGUUAACAAGAAUGAGAGUGAAUUGUUUUCUGACUGGUACACUUCUAGGGUCUGGGUCUGUUUGUUUUAGGGAGUAACAAGCUCUUACUUAAAUCACGGCUUUGUGACGUGCAUUGUGAACAAAUCACAAUUACAUGGAAACUGAUGUUAGUUUAACUUCAGGGGAGAAAGUUUCAAGUUUACCUGGUUCCGUUCAACUAUGCAUUCGUUUGACUUCUUUGUAUUGCUAUGUUAAAGUCAACUUGUUCUGUGGCCGGUGGGCAAGUGCUGAAUGACCACGCUACUUUAUUUAUGUCUGUCUUGGGUGACUUGCAAUCGCCGACAAAAUUGUUGAGACUAUCCUCAAAUGGGGUACUUCGGAGAGCAAGACAUCUGCACCUCUCCACUCCCCCCUCCAUUUCAAGUUGUCAGUGGUGUUUGUUGUUUCUUACUGGUAGCUGGUAAAGAGGCCUAACAGUGCUUGGAGGGGGUGGGGUAAGGAAAGAUUCAUUUCUCACUUUCCCUUCCCCUUCGAACGCCUGCCACGCUGGCUACUUUUUAAGUGCAAAACGUCACAAAGCGUCUUUAUGGCAAAGUUUCUUAACUAUUCUUUCCCCGAUUGUAGCCUGCAAGCAAGCUCUACGACUGGAAAUCGCGAGAGUCGUGCUUGCUCUCAGACUAGCGGUAACCAAGGUUUUUUACAGAUUUGUUGAUGCCUGGGACCUUUUUUUACUCUUCGAGGUGUGAUAUGCAGUUUAUUUUAGUGAGUGAGCAUAUGGGGUUGUUAACACGUGUUUGUAGAGUCUUGAUUGUCCUGAAAAGAGAGGUGUACCGUGGCUUGUUGGAGUGACGGUACUAAGCACAGUUGGGCCGAAGUCGUACCAAUGAUGGUAUGGACAACAAAAUGGUCGCUGGCUAUUCCUUUGGCAUCUACAUGUAUCUGAUAUUGAUUCCUGUGUAAAAUUACUGAAAUUAAAAUUUCUGAUUGUUAAAAUUUAAGUUACUAUCCCGUUUAUUUAUUAUCCCGUUUUAGAGUUGAACGACUUCGUUAUCCAACUAGACGAGGAAGUUGAAGGCAUGCAGUCAACCAUCUUAACGCUUCAGCAUCAACUCAAAGACUGCAAACAGCAAUUGACUCAAUCACAAGAGAAAUUGCUUGUUUAUGAAGACAAACUAAAGACAAGUGAAGGUUUGCUUGCUGAAAUGCGCCAGCAAAAUUCACCGGUCAGUCUUAAGUCCGAGGAACAAGAGGAGCAUGCGCCAUCGCAAGCGCAAUUUCAGCAAGCGAAAGCGGAAGUAUGGACCAGCGGUGUUGAAUCUGGGACAGGCGGCGAGGAAGGCGAUAGGACAUCCCCCGCCUCGCAAAGCGAAGAGAGCGUUGAGGAAGAAAGGAUACUGCUUAGCGCUCCCGUCCCCGUUCCGGUUACUAGUACUUUUCCCACUAAACCUGUAGCGAGCGCGCCUUCGGCAUUCUCUAUCAGCCAGUUGCUCUCAUCCGACUCGAACCUUGGGAAGGAGAAAAAAGAGAAAAACUCUUUAGAAAACGGCAGUAGUGAACACAAAAUCCCACCGGCGUUAGAACCUUGUGCUGAAAUAACCGAAUCCCCUCUUAUCGCGGCCAUGGGUGUGGUGGAGAGAAUCGGGUGUGACUCGAACACUUACAAUGGGGAGGUGACGGGUUAAAGCAGCGCUUUCGUAAACCUUACCCCACCCUACACUCUUUAUCAUCUUCCCCCCGCAGCCAUAAUCCGUUGUGCAAUUUUGGAUACGGUUAAUCUACUUGCACGCCCGUGUGCGUAGAAGAAGCAGUGCUUUCUUAUAGGACGUUUUGGAUGUCUUAAAUUAUCAAUAAAGUACCC